UCUCCGUCCGACAUACGCUGGCAACUAUACUCAGUUGGAGCAGGUUGGGCAUAGUUUCCCAGCUAAUUUCCACGACUUCGGGGGAGCUUUCAUUUCAAUAUUGUCUCAGUUUGUGUCGGACUUUUAGAACGUCGAGUUCGAGUUCGUUCCAAGACUAUUUCGGCUACAUCGAGCCAUAAGUGUCGUUUCGUGUCUUCCGCGAGAGUUCCACUUUGUGCGGCUCCUAUCUGGGAACUUGUUUUCAUAUCAUCAACACCAGGAGAAAUCGUCGCAAUCCGAGGCUGACCUUAGUAUACUACGUAUUGUAUUGGGAAAUCCAAUAUAAUUCCAAUAAUGGGGGCCUCCUCUAAUGCAUUGGGCUACCUGCUGAUAUUCCUCUGCGCCCUAACUGUGGUUAAUUCAUAUUCAAAAUAUGGUCGAGGAUGCGCAGACAUCGGUUGCCUACCAAAUGAAAUGUGUGUGAUGGCACAUGAAAGCUGCAGUUUUGGUCAACGCGACGGCAAGGAAUGUGGGAGCUAUCCAACAUGCAGGAAAGGUGGUGCUGGCGGACAAGCGAAUUCUGAAGCUGCGUCUUCAUCGUCAUCAUUUUCAUCCCAAUCGUCCGAUUCACAUAUGCCAUCUGCACCAGUAGCUCCGUCGUCUCCAGUGGAUCCCCCUCCAGGUCCACCAGGUCCUCCUCCAGGUCCAGCAGCUCCUCCACCAGCAUAUCCGGCAUAUCCUACACAGGGUGGCGGUAGUUCUGCUGGUGGUGGUCAUGGUGGGGGUAAUAGUGGUUACCCAUCAGCACCUGUUGGCGGCGGUGCAGGCGGGCUCUAUCCUCAACUUCCAAACUCCCCUCCCGGUCCAGCAUAUCCUAAUCAAAAUAACUUCGGAGGCGGCGGUGGACACAAUAAUGUGAACAGAGGUGGCUAUGUACCACCAAAUUACCCCUCAGGCGGCGGAGGUUAUAAUCCAUACGGGGGUAAUAGUGGUGGAUAUGGUGGAAAUACUGGAGGAUAUGGUGGCAAUACAGGCGGAUAUGGUCCAGGUGGUGGUCAGGGUGGAUAUGGUCCGGGUGGUGGUCAAGGCGGUUAUGGUGGAAACAGAGGCGGCCAAUCACCAACUAAACCAGGAGAAAGUUCCGGAUCUUUAGGUGGGCUGCUGUCUGGUUUACAGAACAUCUUAUCGAGUCCAGGUGUCGGUCAUGCUUUGAGUGGAAUUUUGUCUACCCAACUGACGAACAAGAUACGCGGUGGAGGAAGUAGUCAGCCAGCAUAUACACCUUCAGGAGGUUACGGUGGCGGAAUGGAUAAUCCAUCUCCACCUUAUGGUGGUAGCUAUGGAGGAGGUAGCGCUACAGGUGGAACUAGCAGCAGCAGCGGUGGAAGUGGAACCCUUGAUUUCCUAAGCGGCUUACUACGAAAUACCGGUUCAUCAUCAACCAGUAGCAGCGGGGGUUCCAGUGCUUUAGGUUUAUUAGGCGGUCUUCUGAGUGGAGGCGGUGGAAGCCACGGUGGUGGUGGAUAUGGUGGUGGGGGAUAUUCUGCAGGUGGUGGUGGCGGCUCAAGCCUCGGCGGGCUUGGUGAAUUAUUUAGCUCCAAAAAUCUGGGAGGUUUAUUCAGCGAAAAUAAGAAAUCAACUGCAUCUUCUUCGGCAUCUAGCAGUUCUGGAUCUGGUUCUAAUCUAGCCUACCCUCGUAGCUAUCCAACCCAAGCACCACCCUAUGGCAAGUGAAUGCAUCGCCACAUUCCAAGAAAUAAACUAUAUAUGAAAUUAUAAAAUUCACAAAUGAAUAAAGAAUGAAUCCAUAGAGUGCUUUAAUGUAUGCUGCUAACUUAGUAUGCAAUUAUACAUUUUAUCGUAAUUUCUACUUCAGCUAGAUUAACAGUAAUAGUUACGAUCAUAUAGAAAGUAGGGAUGUAGUCAAGAGAAUAUAUUUUAUAUUAUCAUUGUAAAUACGAAUUUAUGAUAAAUACAAUCAAAUCUAAUGAAACCUUU